AUGGCAGACCCAUUUUCCAUCACCGGCAGCGCCGUCGGUGUUGUUUCUCUCGCGAUCCAACUUUGCAAGGGCCUAGAAUGGUAUGUCAGCGGUGUCAAGGACGCAAAGGACAAGGCUGAGCAGAUUGCGGCGGAGACGGAAGAGCUUGCGAAUCUACUUGAACUACUCGAGACCAUCAUUGGUCGAGUGAAUCAGUCCCAGUCCGUGUCAGCGACGCAUACCGGUAUUGCAUCGUGUGCAGAUGCUAUAGUGACUAUCAGGAAGAAACUCAAGCCUGAUGAUCAAACGUCGAGUGGCGGGAUCAAGUCGAGCUUGAAGAGGCUGGGCAAGCGGAUGACUUUUCCGUUCAAAGAGGCAGACAUCAAGUAUUGGAAGGACGCUCUAAAUACGAUACAGCAAAGUUUACAGACUGCGCUACUUGCGCUCGUCAUUGACCAACAACGCUUGGCCUCUGAAGAUAUUAGGCUAUGUUUCACCCAGCUAUCCUUGGAGCAAAGCACGCAGCAUUUUUCUGGCUUACAGCUUCAAAGAGAUAAUUUCGAUAGGACCCAACUUCAGCUCGCCGGACAAUCACAAAUCCUUGACACAGGGUUCACAGCCACGUCGCAUAGCCUCCGUAGUCUUCACGCCGAUGUAUAUAAAUUACAACACUCGAUGCAACCUAUUGUCUCUCAAACUCCAUAUCUGGGUCAUUUGCCACGACUCCAGUCUACUCUGGAGCGCAUGGUACUCACGUCUUUUACCCACGCGGUACCGACUAACAGAAGCCAGGAAGCAAAGCUUAACGAAGUAUGCUUGACGACAGACUAUACACUGGAAACCGACGUAAUGAGUCUGAGAUCGCUUCAACGGAAGGGUCGAAGGUUGAACCGACGAUUCGCACAAGUCGCAUGUACAUGCCAACCGCAGACCUCCGCGCUGGGUUAUCAAUCAAAACAGCUCUCACUCAUAUGCACGAGAACCUCGAAUCACGACCCUCAAUGCCCACAAUCCUCCAUUCAGGGAGCAGUAACAGAUCUGCAACUCCGGGCUACACUGUGUAGUCUCAUCCUCAGAACGAAGGUUUCGCUGUCGCUUAAACUAUCUUAUGACGCUGGAUUCUCGGUCACACAGAAUCUGCAGUGUCACCGUGUUGUUGAUGAAUCAUCUCCUGCUUUCGCCCUUGUUAAAAAUCUUGUGUGGUUCGAUAACAACAUGUCAGAUGAGAUCUUUCGUGGAGAGGUCGACAGAUUAUUUGCAAUGUUUCAGCACAAACAAGCGUCACCACAUGAUCGACUAGAAGAUGGAAGUACGCUUUUACAUCACUUAUGUUUUUAUGUUAGACUUUCAUCAUCAUUUGGAAACGGAAACAGUCUUGAAGCCACUGCGAACCUUCGCUAUCUUUUUACAGUCCUCCUUCUCCACAUGUCAACUGAGGCUUUGGAAACAAACGACGAAGGCCUUACAUGCGUAGACGAGCUUGUGAUGAAUGUUCGUCCACAACAUUCAGAUUUCUACAUGAAUCUCUUGACUACACUAUUAAAGCACGAUUUGCAGGUUACUCGGUAUGGUUUACUGCAAAUAGUGUCCAUAAGCGCUGAGCGGUCGAUGGCUUUUGCUGGAUUCCCAUUCAAAAGUUUUGUCAACCCAUUGUUAGACGAUAGCGAGCUACUAGAGGCGAUAAUAAUGAAAUCCGACAAUCACAUCAGGCAUGUCCUUAAUCAGGCUCAGGACCCGCAAGCUCUGGAUCCCGAAUCGGUGGCCUACGCUCUUGCCAUGGCUACCAUUAAUGGUUGGAUAGAGGGCUGCAAAAGCAUGCUUGAAGCAGGGCUCAUGACAUGCCUGGACAAAGACUAUCGCAUUUUCAAUCCUGCUAUCUUGCUCCGAUGCUCAGUUGGUACAAACCAACUGGACAUGUUGCAAUUCUGGCUGUCACAAAGGGAAAAACACAAGUCCUUCCAGCUCGGCGUCAUUGGCAGUGUUGAAGACAUGCUGGACGCCGAUGACAGAAAUAUGAACGCUUCCUAUAACAUGGACGAGAUUCGAAUUCUUGUGGAAUAUCUCUCCAGUUCAAGGCACGACAUCAGGCUGUUGGCAGAAGAGCACGGACGUGCUUUGGUCGAUACCGACGGUCAGCACUUAUCACUACAGCCCAUUACGAAACUGCUUCUCGACUUGACCUUUUGGGUUGAUGAAGCGGCCCGGUCUCUCGAGCUUUGCCACAUCAUACAUGAGUAUAUCCGCUUAUUCGUCUUCUCAUACCUGGAACUAAGACACAUCUGCUGCGAUAUCAAUCGCAUUGAGCACGAUGGCGAUAAGGAUCCUGAUUGUACCAGACAACCAUACCCUCGGUACUCUCCAAGGGAAGAACAACGCAUAAAAAACGAGGACACACACCUACACGCAGUUCUCGAAGAGCUAGUAUCCCAGCUCAUCUCUCAAUACGAUUCUGUCGGUAAAAGCCUCCAGGACUUUGUCGUCGAUGUACUACUUCCGAAAAUGCGUGAAACUGCGACAGCGUUGAAAGAGGAGGACAAAGCACUGUAUGCGCUGGGAAGAAGAGAACUAGGUGUUAUCAUUCAUGAGGACGAAGCUGAGUCGGAACAAGGAGAGAGCAGUGAGGAAGAGGAAGCAACUGAUGUUGAGGAGGAGUCGGAAGAGGAAUAUUGA